AUGUACUCCAAAUUUGAUAAUUGUGUAGAGCACCCCCUUGGUAUAUUGUGCAAGUGUACAGACUACCAAGAAAUAUUAAAUAAAUUCACAUCUUAUAAUAUUGGUACAGAACAUUAUUUAAAACCUAAAGUAAAUGUAGAACCAAUUGCUUCAGCAAAAGUUUUGUGGAUAAACAACCGUUUAAAAUUAGAUGAAGAUAUUUCAAAACCAAUACUUCUUUAUCCUCAAGAACAAUCAAAUAUUACUGCUUACAAUGUAGACAAAAUAUGGAUGCCUAUUGUAUCAAAUUUAAUACCUCUAAAAUUGAUAUUUAAACUUUAAAUUUUUGAUUCUUAUUUUAUAAUAUUAUUUUAUAAUAUUUUAUAAUAUAAAUUUAUAAUUUAUAUGAUAUUUACAUAUUAAAAUAUAUAAAAUAAAUAUUAAACUUUGUUUUGAAAAAAUACUCGAAAAAAAAAUAUUUCUUAUUUUUUUUUAUACAUAAAUUUAUAAUUUUAUUAUAGCUAAAUUUGUAGCUAUCUUAUAUUUCAUAUUUUUUCAAAAAAUUUUAUUGCACAAUAAUUCUUUUUACAUUUUUUUUUCAACAAAAUUUAACCUUGUAUGUACAUGUAUAUAUACAAUUUAUUGUACAUAUACAUAUAUACAAAUACAUAUACAUAUACAAAAAUUACAUAUUAGAACUAUAGUCCAUUGCUAUUAAAAAAUUUGAGAUAUAAAAUUAAUUAAUGUUAAAAAAAAAUUAAGAUAUUUGCAAAAAACAAUAUAAUAUUCUGUCAUUUAAAAAUAUAUAUCUCAACAAUAAUAAAAUCAAAUGACAUAAAAAUAAUGAAAAAAUUUACUAUAGAUAUUAUUUGUACUUUAGAAUUUUGUUAUUCUUUAAACUUAUUAUUAUCUAUUUCUCAUGAUAUAAUAAAUAUAUAAUAAAAAUAAUAUAUUUUUAUUAUUAAAUAAUUAUCAUUAUUUAAA